GCCUGUCCUUAUAGGCCAGUUUAUGCGGCCGAGUCUCGAGCGCAGGCUGCAUCGCUCGCGUCACAAAAUCUCGCUCUCGUCAAAAUCGCGGAACGGCGAUUUUUUCGCGCCGUUCGUUGUAAUUUGACAAUCUACAGUUGUCUUGCAAGAAUCGACGACAAGUGUUUUGUGUGUGUGUAUGUGUGCGUGUAUAUUUGACGAAAUUAGUUUGAUUAAUUAAUCGAGUCGGUCGUAAUUCGAAGAACGAGAUCGGUUGAAUAAUGUUUCUGCGAGAUGAAUUGUAGAACGUACUAGAGGAAAGGUGAAUUCUUCUCGCUUUGAUGCCUUUGAAGCCUUGACAAUUGCGAAUGAGAAGUCGGAAGCUGCAGAAUAAUGCGAAAGAAAUGAUUAGGUUCAGUGAUCCUGAUUUUUUGUGUGCUUACCAAAUUUGUUAGGAAUAAAUACACAAAGAGAGAGAUUAAUUAAUUAAAUUAAACCAUCAAACCACGCAGAAAAUUAAUUUCUGCUACAUGUACCACAUGUAACAGAAUAAUGUAAAAUCGCUGGUUAUUUUAAUAACGUUUAUUAACGCAAUUGAUGAAAAAUGUCAUUUUCAUUUGUUAGUCCGAAAUAAUAUCACGAAAUCGUCAAGAUUUUUAUUACUUAAUGUUCAGGUCAAAUAAAAUAGAAAUCAGCGGUAUUCUAAACGUAUAGAGUAAGAAUAGCGCAAAAUUGAAGGAUAUAAUGAACCAUCAUUACAAAAGAAUUGAUUGGCGUGAGUGUGAAACGAUUACAACGGCCUCGCUAUAUAUCGAUACUCCCCGAUCGAGCCUCGACCCGUAUCGGGAGUCUCUCUCUCUCCCUCUUUCUCGUGAUCGCCAGUAACGGUGAUCACCUCGUACCGACCAUUUCGUGUAAUCAACGCCGCUUAACACCUGCGGCUGUCGCGCGCGCCGGUCGUUAGGAAAAUCGAUCACGAUCGUGCCCGAUCUUCGCCGCGAACGGACGCAAUCUGGAGAGAACGUUUUGUUCUCGUUUUAUAUACAGUGGAAAUAUCGUUCGCGAAUAACAGUUGCGGAAUCAAGAGAUCGCGACCCCGAUAUCCGUGAACGCAACGCGAAAAAAUCGGUUGUUCUCGUACUCAAUUGCACCGUGAUCAAUCUGGUGAACCGUUCAGCGUUGGUGAAAUAAUAUUUCGAUGGUAAUUGAUCGUGAAUAUGUGAUUUUAUGGCUCUGCCGUGCCGGUUAACUACCAUACUCGCUCUGGCAGGAUGAAGAUGUCCGCCGAGAGGCACGAGGCCGAGCGAUUUUGCCGUCACGUGCCUUAAUUGGCCUUACCUUGAACACAUUCUUUUAUCCCGAAUAAUUUUGUUCGACAUCAGAAUUGUACGGAUUUUUUUCAUUUUUCUUUAUGCGGUGUGUUUUGUACGGUAAGCGAGAGAGGAGGACAAAAUAAUGCGGAGAGAGAAUUUGAUCGGGCAAACAAGAUGAGAGCUAAUCGCCGCGCGUUUAGAGAGCCACGGUACGUUCCGGAGGAAAGGCUCGCGUGAUACACAUACACAUCGCACAUAUACACACAUAUACCAGGCCGGGUCACGAGAAAACGUCCGUACGGCGGCUGUACGUGUGUGUGAGUGUGCAUGUGCGUGCUUAGCGUGCGCGUCGCGGCGCGCGUCGUGUGCACGCUAAACGAGAGACAGUGACACGAGGAGUCCCGCGCCGUCGUCGUGACGUGCACGAGUAGUGAACUGGUGAACGUGGGUGAACGAGGAACUACAACGACGACGACGACGACGACAACGACGAGGCGAGCCUGAGUCUCUUAUCCCGAUAAUAAAUAACGCGAAGGGGAAGAAAUGUUCAAACUGGCCGGACGCCACGAGUGGGAAGCUUGGACAAAAGAUAUACGGCUACAGCUGAACGAGCAGCUGAGAUGUCUCGACGUGAGGAUGGAGGCGCAAGUCGCCCUCGUGGCCGAGCUCCAGGAUUUCUUCCGCAAAAGGGCGGAACUGGAGCUGGAUUACAGCAAGUCCCUCGACAAGAUGGCCAGGAGCAUACAGUUGAGGCAUAAGGAGCAGAAACAGAAGCGGGAACAAUGGCCCAUGUUCUCCAGCUACGCCUGCUGGCAGCAGCUCGUGAAUGAGACCAAGUCCCUCAGCAGGGAUCAUGCCGCCCUGUCCGAGGUCUACAGCACCCACCUCGUGGGUCGCCUCAAUCAGGUGAUGGAGGACGUGCAGCGAAUUUACAAGCGUUGUCGCGAGAUCGGCUACGAGACGCACGAGGAGAUACUUCGGGUGCUGCACGAGCUGCACACGACCAUGAAGACCUAUCAGGCCUAUCAGGCCGAGUCCAGACAGGCAGAAACGAAGCUCCGUGUCGCCGAGCAGCAACGCAACAAGCUCGAGGUGGCGAAUGCGGACAGCCGUGAGAAGCUCGCACGCAGCAAGAAGUACAAGCUCAUCGAGAAGGAAGUCAACAAGAGGAAGAGCAAGUACCAGGAGGCGAAAUUGAAGGCACUCAAGGCGAGAAACGAGUACAUCCUGUGUCUGGAGGCUUCGAAUACGACGAUACACAAGUAUUUCGUCGACGACCUGUCCGAUCUCAUCGACUGCAUGGACUUUGGAUUCCACAAUUGCAUAGCAAGGGCACUGCUGAUGCACUGCAGCGCGGAGGAGGGUAAGCAACGUUCACUGCAAUCUGGCGCCGAACAAUUAGCUGCGUGCGUUGGCGCGCUCGACUCCCGGGCGGAUAAGCAGAGAUUCCUGGAGUCUCAUCACGCAGCCUUUAUGAUUCCCAAGAAGUUUGAGUUCCAAGGACAGCGUGGAGAUGAGACGCCCGAGCCCGAACUGCAGAAGAUGCUGCAUUCGGAGAUGGAGCAACGACUGCAGCAGCUACAGCAGAGGGUGACGUCGCUGCGAACCGAAUCGGAGGAGGUAUGGAAGACACUGGAGACGGCGGAGGCGAGUCUGCUCGAGAUGCUGACCGCCAAGGAUUACGACUGCUCGAGAUACUUUGGCGAGAACGCCGUACCUACGUCCAGGCCGCCGGAGACGCUUCAGAUCAAGCUGCGAGCUGAUAGACAGGAGACUGAAGAAUUCUACCUCACGAAAUUCAGGGAGUACCUUCUCGGCACGUCGAGAAUAGCCAGGUUAGACGCGAAACAGGAAUACAUCCGGCAGAGCCUGCUGGACGGCUCGAAUGCUAGCCCGAACCCGUCGAUUUCCGCGUCAAAGCAGAAGCAGGCGCGCCGCAAGCGGAUCGGCCGUCUGCAGAUGAACGGCCAGCCGAAGCUGUUUGGUGGCUCGCUCGAGGAGUAUCUGGAGAGCACGAAUCAGGAGAUACCGCUGAUCAUGAAGAGCUGCAUCCGUGUGAUCAAUCUGUACGGCUUGCACCAUCAAGGUAUCUUCCGCGUAUCGGGCUCGCAGGUGGAGAUCAACAACUUCCGCGAGUGGUUCGAGCGCGGUGAGGAUCCGCUUGCGGAUGUCACCGACGCCUCGGACAUCAACAGCGUCGCCGGGGUGCUGAAGCUCUAUCUGAGGGAGCUGCGGGAACCCCUCUUUCCCAUCAUCUACUUCGAGCAUCUUAUGGAGCUGGCGCAGCUCGAGUCGAAGCAAGACUUCGUCAACAAGAUGAAGGAAAUGAUCGCGAGUCUGCCGCGGCCGGUCGUGAUCGUCAUGCGGUAUCUUUUUGCCUUUCUCAACCACCUGUCGGAAUUCUCGGACGAGAACAUGAUGGAUCCGUACAACUUGGCUAUUUGCUUCGGCCCGACUUUAGUACCGGUUCCGGAGGACAAGGAUCAGGUCCAGUACCAGAAUCAGGUCAACGAGCUUAUCAAGAACAUCAUCACUUUUUGCGAGGAGAUCUUCCCGGAGGACAUCGGGGGCACUCAGUAUGAGAAGUACAUCAGCAGAGAACCCGACGACGUGGAUGUGGGAGAUUCACCAACAGAUCAAGUCCAGGAAGACAUGGAUUCGGAGGUUUAUCCGUCCGAAGACGAAUCGGAGAAUCUCGAGGGUACGGCGCAAUUUGACUUUAACGCGAGGUCCGAGAGAGAGCUGAGCUUCAAGAAAGGCGACACCUUGACGCUGUACACGCAGGUCAGCAACGAUUGGUGGCGAGGCGCUCUAGCUGGCAGGGAGGGACUGAUUCCUGACAAAUAUAUUAUGCUCAAGAUAAAGGAUGAGGAGCGCGAGAAGGAUCUUUUAAAAUCGUCCAGCGAGGAAUCUAUGCGUAGAAGAGCGUCCAGCUCGGCGGACAGCGUACUGUCGAGCAAUAACUCGCCGCUGAUAGGCCCGUCGGCGAAUCCGAGCACCUGGUCGUCCGGCGCGGCGUCCGACAUGUCGUCAUCCGCCACGACGAACAUAAUAACGGAUAAUAGUAACGCCAGCGGUAUUAUCGCGUCCGUGGUGACGAAUGUGCCCUGCAUCUCGUCGUCGGCGCAGCCGAUCAUCAGUCGAGAGGCUGACUCCGUGACGCCGUCCUCGAGGCCGGCCAGAGCGUCCACCCCUACGGAAAGCGAGAAGCACUCGGAGCAACAUCGAAACAACGCGGACGGCGUUUUCCAGAUUGCUCUGGAGAACAAUGUCGAUUGUUUCGACGGGAAUAACGUGAACUCCGCUCAGCAGCAACAGCAACAGCAGCAGCAGCAGCAACGAGGUGGAAACAGCAGUGAAGAGAUCGCGAGCGAUCUGGGCAACGUGUUGGCGACGAUGUCGUCGCUGGACGGCAUCGUGACGAAGCGCGGCAUCGCCGGCCGGAAACAGCAGCAUUGGAAAUCGCAGAGCGUCGGUGAGAGCGUGAUGGCGCAGCAGCAUCAGCAACAACUGCUGCAACUGUCGCACGCGAACUCUCUGCCGACCUCGGCGACGGCGACGACGAUCGCCACGAUAGCGGCGGUGACGGCGGCGACGACUACGACGACAGCAGCGACGACGACUAUCGUGACACCGGACGACGAGGAACAGACGACGACGACGACGACGACGACGACGACGAACUUCUCGGUGAACCGCGAGCUCUGGCAGCGUCGCGCCACCUCGCAGUCGACCCCGAAAUCGUCAUCCUACUCCCGCACGUCGCAGGAGUUCCGCGAGAUGCGGCAGAAGCACACGCCCGACUUGGUGAUGGAUCUGCCGCUGUCGGCGCAGGACCCAGUCGGCAAGAAGUCCGCGUCGUCGAGCAGCCUGAGCAGCUCGGACGAGGAGACAACGAUGCCGUCGUCAAUGCUGCUGGCGCCGCCGCCGCAGCAGCAGCAGCAGCAGCAGCAGCAGCAGCAGCAAAUGCAACCCACCCGAGCGGAGGCGGCCACGUCGCCGACCGGUGGUCCGGAGUCGCCAGACAUGAGCACCGCCGCCGAGCGCUUCGCCAAGCAGAACCAGUGCACUCUGAAGAAGAACACAAAGACCGCGAGCUUGGAGAGCGCCACAACCGUCGCACCAACGACAACCACCGGCAACAAUAAGCUGAAGCGGAUCGAGACGGCAGAGCACGUCGACGGAACGAGCGUCGUUGUCGUCGACGCGGAGAACGACGAGAUCGUCCGGUCGGCCAGCUCGAAUCAGAUCGCCGUUGAUGGCGGCAGCGGCGGUGGAGGCGGGGGAGGAAUGCCGCUCAGGUCACCCCUACCGCCGCGCUCCACCCCCAAGAUCGUCGCCAAGUUCGCCGACAUGCAUCUGACCGGCGGCAGCCAGGUGGUCUCGUCGUUCAAGCCGCAGGUCAAGGUCAAGCCGACGAUCCUGCGUAAACCAGUGCUGCCGUUCCCGCAUCCGCACAUGAGUCCCGAACUCGCGCGUAAGAUCGAGAAGCAGGCGCAAAGCGCAGAGCAGGCCAAUUAAGAUUGCCAUUGUAAUGUUGAGCCGAGCGGAGCUGAGGGGGAGAGAAAGAGAGAGAGAGAGAGAGGCCCGCGCCAUUCAUCGCGAUCGGCACGGCGCGGCGCGCCUGGCGACUCCGAAGACAUCGCUCUUCCGGCGUUUUUCACCUUUCGAGUCACCGAUGAAAUGAAAGUGAUAGCCCCCCCCUCCCAGGACCAGGUCGGUCGGCGAUACCGCGUUUUCAAGGAGACACACAGAGUUCAUCUCUCCCAGGUCUGCAUGGUCCACUCGAAUCGCGGUCGCGCUCUCGAACGAUGUUAACUUGACAAUAACCGUUCCCUCUCGCACAUGCGGGGUCUCGCCGGAGGAGGAAACGCGAUAACGAAACGCGAGGCCGCGGGCCCGCGUCGCCAGGGGCGUCAAGCCGAUCAUAGCCGUUUCCCGAGAGUCUUCUUCGCGAGUCUCGCCGAUCUCGAGGCGCGCGCCGUAACGUUGUAGAUUUUAGGAGCGAUUAUACGAAAGCGCGACCACCCAUCGACCAGUUACUCCGCCCAGUCGCGAGGAUAUUUCUAUCGUAUUAAUUAUCGUGCCCGAAGAAGAAAGGAAAGCCGCCCCGCGGGAUAGCGACGCGGUGGGCUGAAAUUUUGAUGAUCGCGCGACGACGCGGUGAAUUUGGCGCGCGGGAGUUCGAGCGAGACUGCGGCGCUAUCCUCGCGGGAGGGCGAGUUUAUUUUUUCUACAGAUGUUUUCCAUUUUCGCAUAAUUUUUUUACCAAAUGAUCCGCACGAAGCGAUGUUUCUAGUCAUCGAGCGAAGAUAAGAAUAAGAGAAAAAAAAUAAUGAGAAAAAGAGCGAGAGAAAAAGAAGUGUGAGAGUGUGAGAGAGAAAAGGAGUGAGAGAGAGAGAGAAAAAGACGUUAGCAUCGAAGAAUGAAGUAACAUUGAAUGACGGUAUAAUUUAUUUUUUAGCGCGUGCCCGAUGUAUACGCCAAUGAUGGAUUUUCCUGCUGCUAUCCUAUCACUAUUAUUCUUGACGAGCACCGUCGCGAGCCGUGACGAGCGCGUUCGAUGGUUCCUUUAUGCGCGAGCGAGAGUGUCAGUAUGAGUUUAAAGAGAGAAAAACAAAGUAAGGAAUGAAGAAAGUAGAAGGUAUGGAGAAGGAAUGGAGGAGAAAGAAGAGGAGCGCGUGCUGUUUCCCCAAACCUUCUUAUCUUUCCGAGACACCUCCCUGGUCGUGAGAUCCAGGUCUUGUUGUUUCUCGCGUCGUAGAGCGGAAGUGAGAGAGAAAGAGAGCGAGAGAGAGAGUGAGAGAAGAGAGUGAGAGAAGAGAGUGGGUCCCCGUAACUUUAUCGAUAGGUUUAUCGUAAUAGGGUACGUUACAUUAUACUAUAUGUAUACCGCGUGCCGAUCUUAAUUAUAGGUACUAACUAAUCCAAACAGCGAUGUUCGAUAUAUUCGAGAUAAAGACAACAGAGAAAGAGAGAGAGAGAGAGAGAAAAAGGGAAGGAAAGAUCUAGCUAAGGUGAUUUUACGACGACGACGACGCGAGUGUUUAUUGAUUGACACGGCGUCGCCGAGCUGUCGCUUAUUACACUUCCGGUCCACCAACAAGACGAGAUGACAGAAGAAAGAGAGGAAGGAAGAAUUUAAGGAACAGGAGACAACACGUCCUCCGUAAUUCAUCUGGAUGUUAUUCUUGUAUUGCCAUCCCUUAUAAUCGAUCGAUCGAAAGAAGGAGGAAGAGGAGAUAGAUAAAUAGAGAUAGAAAGAGAGAGAGAGAGAGAGAGAGAGAGAGAGAGAAGAGAAACUUGUACUCGUGAUUUAACGAUUAUCGUAUACCACGUACACGUUACACGCGGAAAAAGAAAAUGUAUACCGUAUAAGCGCGUAUUCGCGGAGGAGAAAUCCCGUUCGCUCGGCAGGAUUCGCGCGAAUCGAUGGAUUCGUGAAUUCCAAGGGUCGCGCGUUUUGCACUCAUGCGACGCUCCCUCACUUUAUGUGUGUAUCGACUAAAUGUUUAGCACGCGUUUAAGCGGUCUGCUGUCGCCAGCGUUAUCGCGAUAUCCGAUACCACGGAUAUUGGUGCCUCGAUACUCACGAUUGAUAUGCGUCAUCCGCAAAGGAUGUGACUGAAUCUUUGUCUUUAAUUCCGUCACACUUAACAUAUUUCGAGUUGACAUUUUUUAUGUUCAUUUCCAACGUAGAUUAACUUUAAUCUUGGUUUAACUUACUUUCUAUAUUUUAUUUCUAGUUCUUAGAAUUAGUAAGUUAAACCGAGAUGGAAGUUAAUUUACACCGGACAGUAGAAAAAUUUGAACAUCAAGGCUCCUAUUUAUUUAUCACUGCAAUCUUAGAUUAUGGUGUUAGAAAAUGAGAAAUUGUGAAAUGAUAUAUUCACACCUGUGAUAACUGUCAAAUUAAUAAUAAUUAAUCACAGAUUUCUAUAUAAUAACCGUAGAUCGCUAGCUUCGAGAAAUGAAGUGAAAUCAAGUAACUCAGGAGAGGGGGUAGCAGUCAUCUUCACCAUGAAGUAAAAGCUCUUACUUUAUGAUCUUCGCCCAGUAAUGGGUUACAUUUCAAAACAUCCAAAUUUUAAGCAAUAUUAUUAAAUGCACACUAACACUACUUCAUAAAGCAUUGUAUCCCAGCAAAUACAGAUUAUAAUUGCAAUGUUGUAGCAACAUUGUAACAUUCCAGCUAUAUUGCAGAAAUAUUACAUUGUUGCUGCAAUAUUGUAGUUAUAAUCUGUGUUUGCUGAGAUGUGAUUACCGGAUAAAUAUGGCGUUUAGCCUCAACUCAAUUAUAGUAAGUUGACAACUAGUAAGCUAAUAAAGUAUAGCAUGUUAGCAAUCUAGAUAUUCUAUAGAAAUCUGUGAUAAUAAUCUUAUAGAAAUAAAUACAAUUCAAUUCCUCUCUUUCUUUGAAGCAUAAAGAUAGUUUUUGGUACAUUUUAUGUCUAUUUUAUCGAUUGCAAAUGUCUUAUCGAAAAAUAUUUUAACAUUUUGCAAGAAUUUUUUUUGUAUGUUUUCUCGCUUCUGACAUCGCAAUCUGAUUCGAGAUAGUAGUGGUGAGUGAACAGAACUUGGCGAACUUUUCUUCGAUUGUUUCAAUAUUAUAGAUACUUUUAAUCGAAUCCGAGGUAUUCGAGGAACGCGCGAUUCGCGCAAAAUCUCAAAGCGAAUGACGUAAUUAUUAUUGUAUUUGUAAUUUACAUUUCACGAAGAAUAUUCUUAUUUUUAGCCAUGAGUAUCCGGAACAUCCGCGAUUGUGAAAAAAUCGAUGCCGAGGUAAAUCUGUCGUCAGGAUUACGUGUCGUGCAAUCGUAUGCCGAGAGAGUAAAUCCGUUGAAAAAGUCCAAAGAUGCGAUAGCGCUGGCCGACCCGCAGGAUCGCUCAACAUUGCAGGCGCUAUACCCACCGCACCUAUGAAAUACCAAAGCGAAAAAGAAUACGCCCCUCGCCCACUCGUUGACUCGUACAAUAAUUUGCGAUUAUCGUAUAACCGCAUAUAUGGUUUUCCGGUCUUUAAACGCCGGUCCCGUCGCGUUCUCGCCUUUUCUGUUUUCGUUUUUAUCGCGCCUUACACAACAUCCGCGAACCGCGUAUUUUUGUAAUCUCUCCGUUUCUUUUUUUGUUUUUUUUUCCUUUUUACACGGCGCCGACCGCGCGCCGAAUGAUAAUGAUUUUUAAACGAAUGUUUAAACGAAAUGUGUAAAACGUAAUUUAAUACGCAUAUAAUUUUAGUGUAGCCACGUCUUAUCAGUGGAUGAUCCGAGAGGAGCGUAAUAGCUUAAUCGAUAAUCUCUCCCAUUAAGGCUAAUGACACAUAUGGAUAUCGUAAUAAACGAAACUUACAGGCUAUACUA